AUGAUGGAGGACUUAUUAUAAAGUAGAAUUCGCAGUCGUAAUCAUUACUCUCUUCAUAUGAAAUACUAGUCACUCUGCCAUUAUUAAGGAGGUUAGAACACAUUAAAAAUACUUUCUCAAAGUCUACAAAAAUAAUAAUAAAGUCAAAAAUUAAAUCAAUUAAAUUUACAACGAACUGAGUCUCGUUUCUAAUUAAUUUAACCUAAGCAUAUUUAAUAUAUUGGUGUAAUCUCUAACUCAAUUAAAACAAUUAAUACAGGUUGUUCUCCAGAAAAGAAUUUUGAAUCUCCAUUAAAAGGAAGACUUAAAUAAAGUCGAAUACUCAAGACUUCACUUCAUAAUUCUCGUAUAAGUCCUGAAAAUAGAAUGAUUUUUAAAUAGCGUUUGAAUAAAAUUGAUGAAUCUAUUUAAUAUAUUUAAGAUAGACAUAAUUAAUUAAAUGGAAUUAAUUCAAAUAGUUAUAAAAAGAUGUGUGAAAUGAUUAAUAAAACUGAAUAUUUAACUGCAGAACAAAAUUAAAGUAUUGUAGUUCCUAUUAUCAAAUUAAUUAAGUCAGAACCAAUUGAAAAUAAUGAAAAUAGUGCCAAUCUUGUAUAAAAAUUGGCAACGUAAACUAUAUAAUGGAGUGAAUCUAAAAAAAGAUAAAGAUCCAAACUUGAAUAAAGUGUUUAUUACAAGACAAAUAAAUGGUAAAAAGCAAAAUUUUUAAUUUUAUAAAACUUUUCAUCUCGUCACAACAAUACAUUAUAUUCUAAAAAAUUCAUGAUUACAUAAUUGAAAAUUCCAUAUUUAAGACACAAUUCAAAAUAAAUGUUUAUGGCUUUAAAAUAGAAAAAUUAUCACUAAUUACUUAAACAUUUAUCCUUUAAUAAAUGUUUCAUUCAUGAAGUUGAUAAUUCUUUGAUGACUCCAUUACAUAUAUCUUGUUAAUAAGGUCUAUAUGAUAUAACAAAAAUGCUUCUCAGAUUUAAGGCUGAUGUUAAUGCUUUGGACAAGAAUAAGAAAACUCCACUUUAUUAUGCACUUUUUGGUGGUCAUACAGAAAUAGUGAAAGUAAAAAAUUAUUUUUAAUGUUCAAGAUGCUCCUCAUUCAUGAUGCAUUUCCUUAUUCAGAUUCUAAUUGCAAUUAUACUCAAUUUUUUCCAAAUAAAAUAAUGAAAGAAUUAUUUAGAGUGGCCAAAAGAGUAUUAAAUAUUUUUAUGACUUUUAGAUAUUUACACUAAUGUUAAUUUGUCCAAAAAACAAGAGGAAUACUAUGAAAGAAUAUUUAGAAAUUAAUUUUUUAAAUGAAUAUUCUCUCCCUAAGAAUUUGCUUGCUUGA